UCUUUUUGUCAUAGGAUGGCAGUGGCUCUGUGUCUGCAGGUGCUGUGCAGUCUCUGUGGCUGGCUCUCGAUCUAUGCAUCUUUCUGUCACCUGAAUAAGCACCGAAGCUAUGAGUGGAGCUGCCGACUGGUGACGUUCACCCAUGGAGUCCUCUCUAUAGUCCUUUCAGCUUAUAUUGGCUUCAUCGAUGGUCCUUGGCCUUUUACCCACCCAGGCUCACCCAACACACCUCUCCAAGUUCACGUUCUCUGUCUCACCUUGGGCUACUUCAUUUUCGACUUGGGCUGGUGCAUCUACUUCCAGUCUGAGGGUGCCCUGAUGCUGGCUCACCACACACUGAGUAUCUUGGGCAUUAUCAUGGCCCUGGUGCUUGGGGAGUCAGGCACAGAAGUCAAUGCAGUCCUUUUUGGAAGUGAGAUCACCAACCCCUUGCUCCAGAUACGCUGGUUUCUCCGUGAAACAGGACACUAUCACAGUUUCACUGGAGAUGUGGUGGAUUUCCUUUUUGUGGCUCUGUUCACUGGAGUGAGGAUUGGUGUAGGAGCUCGCCUGCUUUUCUGUGAAAUGGUCUCCCCCACACCCAAGUGGUUUGUGAAAGUCGGGGGAGUAGCGAUGUAUGCUGUGUCUUGGUGUUUUAUGUUUAGCAUCUGGCGUUUUGCAUGGAAGAAAAGCAUCAAGAAGUACCAUGCCUGGAGAAGCAGGCGGAGUGAGGAACGGCAGCUAAAACAUAAUGGACAUCUCAAAACACACUAG